UGUACUAUAGUCUAUACACCAUGUGAAAUGUGAACUUGGACCAAGGCAUUGAUUGCACUAAGGUCCAAACUCGUACGCACUAUUGCUCAAAGUGAAAACAGUUUUUCCGUGGUCGGGUGAACCGACAACGCUGGGAGAGUCAGUAGAAUUUUCGAACACUCUUUGAACACUUAAGUUGUAUGUCACGUAUUGCGUGCGUUUUGCGAGAAUACUCUGGCGGAUUCUUGAGCCCGCACUAGACUUGAACUCUUCAUGUCUCCAUGUUUAAAUACUCUUCAAUAUUCUAGCUGUUAGUAUCACGUAUGGCGUGCGCCUUAAAAACCCUAGGAUACUACGGCACCACGAUUGCAUAUAAGAGGCUAGAAUGUAUAGUUACAAACAUACAUAGUUUAUGAGAGGAAGCAUCCAGCCCAAAUGAAUUUUGGAGACUGACAAAUCAAGGCUUAAGAAAACACAAGGUCAAAAACGUCGGACAAUCUCUUGUCCCAAUGAGGAGAUAACCCAAGACUUAAACAAGGCUGAGUAUUUUAAUGGCUUCUUUGUAAAUAUUAGCAAAGAUCUCUCCACUGCUGUACUGAGGAUAUUUUUGCGUUGGCGCGUUAUGGGCCAUCGGUUAAAACCUCAGCCCAUUUCUCUGCUACAGUGUAUCAAUAAAUUCUGCAUUUCACGAUCACAGCUACCAGUUAAAAAGUACGUAAUUCUCAGCUGACAGUUAGAAGUUUAUCCACUUCUCAGCCAUUAUUUAAAGUACUAAGUUGAUGUUUGAUGGGGGUCAAACCUCUGUAAUAUACAUGAAUCGGUCACUUGAGCGGAGGGGCGGGGUUGUUUAAAAACGAUCCAUCUUCAUGAUGAAAGUUGUAGUUCCAACAUUUAAUAUUUACUUGCACUCCUAUGUGUACUUCACGUUUCACUGAUCACGAGAAACUUGGUGCAGUACGGCCUUAUUAUCCGUGCUAAGAAAUACUAGAAAGGUAAGGUGCUAAGAAAUGCUAGAAAAAAAUAAUGCACUUCUAGCUGACUGACACGUGUCGAUAAAGGCCUUCUCACGGAACAGUGAUCACGAAUAGAUAUUCUCGGUUAGCGCAGUUCACGCUGUCACUCAGCUGGGUGCAAUAUCUUCCGGUGCUUGUACUACAUAGUUUGCAAAAGCCACUGUGUCAAAGUCGGAAAUUUCAUGGUAGAAACAUGUCCACUGAGUCAGUAGCGUUAAUUGCUAACUUGCAAUACCGUAACCCCCCUCCAAGACACAGAUAAAUUUGAAAACAAAUAAAGCGCAUGGGUAGCUUUUAUUAAUUUUUCCCACUGCGUGAAAUUCUUGAAAAGAGGAAAUGUAAUUAAAUUUAGUUAGAGUAUUUAUUCUACCCUUGACCCUGCAAUGAACGAAACGGUGGGGUAGUUAAGACAAAAUGAACAGCACCAGUCUUCGGAUUCAACACAGCAAUGCAAUUGAUCUGUUCACUAUUGUCCCUGUUGUCCAUUUUAAUACUAAAAUCAAUCCUUCGCUACUCGAGGUUGUUUUCUACCGCUUUACUUUUACCCUGAGAGGAUUAGUGUUAAAACGGCUAGACACCAGCAAUAAGGUUCUGAAAUAUAAAUAGAUCAUUUGCCCUCCUCUAAGACUCCUGCGGUAAAACAUUGUACAAAGGCCAAGCUUUAAAUUCCUCUACUUCGUGAUUGUCCAUUUCAAUACUUUAAAGGUUUUAGGAUUAACCGUCAAGAUCAAUAACCUAUUUUGUGCAUCGUCGUCAGGUCAAUCCAGUCUUUAAAUUUGGGCAACCACAAUGUAAAUAACACUCACUUUGCCAAAAAUGUCUUGAAAUUACUGAAUGGCGACACUGUUAAAACCUCGAAGAAUUCUGUAAGGUUCUUUUCAAUCAGCACCCUGCAACUUCCUUUGCCUGUUUGAGUUCUCUGAGGAGGUUUAAACGGUAUUAUUAUCAGUUGUUGUUGUGGGGCCAAGAAAACACCGUGACAUGGUAUCGCUCUUUGACAGUCAGUCCUUGUCAAACCCUUAAACUCUCAGGAGAUAUAAGUGAUGUACUUUAAGAUCUUCUGAUACGAUGAACCUGUUUGCUUGGAAAACUUGAAGCCGUUCAGGAAAGUUCUGCAUACGUCUGCAAGGCCAAGCAAGGAAAACAAGAUGGAAGGUCGUAGCCCCCUUUUUGGGAAGACGAGAAGUUUCUGCAUAGCUAUCCUUGGGAUCGCAAUUUUUGCCAGAUCUUGUGAAAGCAAAGUGGAUCCCCCUCAACCGACGUCACCAGCUGUUACUGCCAAGCCACCGCAGUGCUCGUUUAACCACAUCAACUACAACGUGGGAGAGAUCUGGAAUCCAUUUCUGUUACCGAAAGGAUACUAUCGCUGCAAACGUUGUAUCUGCAAAUUGUCAAGCGAUGGCGCCUUGGCAAUAAUAGACUGCGAAGGACGACGGUGCAGAAAACCGUCAUCGCAUGCAAAUCCCGCGCAUAACGAACAGCAAAGUAAUUGUAGUCACCAAGGUACCCUGCGGAGUCAUGGGACAGUGUGGAAGGUGUCUACCACGGGUCUAAAUGUCACGCUUGCCAAUCACUGCAUGGAGUGUAGCUGCACGGAUAGUUUUGUGACCUGCGCCAUCAGAACAUGUCCAGUCCUUUCCUGUGUGAAUCAAACAAAUACAGACGGAACAUGCUGUCCUGUUUGUGCAGAAAGUUUACCAACACUGCGAAAUCCAGUGGGCUGCCAAACAAUGGGUAGAUACUACGAUCAUAUGGAAUCCUGGUAUCCCAGAAGACCUCCAAGAUACGACAUGUGUAUCAACUGCACUUGCAAGAACACUUCAAUAGAGUGCAGCCUUCCAGAGUGCCCCAAGAUAACCUGUGUUAAUCCUCAACGAAAACCGGGAGAUUGCUGUGAGACCUGCCCAGAGACACCCAAGCUAGAUUGCGAGUGGAAUAACAAGUCGUAUGCUCACAAUUCUUCAUUUAAUCCGGUCGUUGGCAAUUUUGGACCUUCUUACUGCGUCACGUGCUUCUGCAAUGCCAAUGUAAUAAAAUGUAGAAGUAAAUCAUGUCCAACGAGUUACCCGUGCAAAGAUCCAGUGUAUGUUCAAGGAAAAUGCUGUAAGGUGUGUGAAGAUUCCCCAGGAAAUCAUACAAACGGAAGGAACCUUUGCAGUGCAGGAAAGCACUGGCUGGUCUACGAGUAUAUAAAGAUUCCAAGAAAUCAACAAAAGAACGCGUCCGAAGUACGGGAACAAUUCGCACUGGAGCACAAGGACCACGAUACGGUGGAGAUACACACCAUUUACGCUAACAUGACAGCAAAAGUUAUAAAGACCACGAAUACUACCAAAAGCCAGUUCCAUGGAAUUUUGAAAAAAAAUGGCAAAGAUUAUAAAAUCCUUGGAAAGAUUCGUGAAGUUCAGAAAAACAAGAUCAAGACUUGGGAGCAACGUGCCUGUCAUCACACUCAAGGCUGUAUACAUACAGUGCGAAAAAUAAUGAAGGGACUCUAUGAACGUGUGAGACGGUGCGGCGAUCAUGCCACAUCAGGGCCCCCACAAACACUCCUUCAACUUCAACCAGAGAAUCCUUGAGAUCUUAACCUGUGCGACGAUCGACAAAUUAAACAUGGAGUACGUUUUGACAAAUGAACAAAGCCGCUGUACGUAACCAUCGCAUUAGACCACCACAUCGGUACGUGUUUUAACAAGAAACCCUCGUGGUAGUUCAUUGACAGUUUUAGGCCUUUCUCUGAGACGUUUCUGUGAGCGCAAGAAAAACAACAAGCAAACAAGGAAAAUAGACAUUUUUUCUUAGAGAUAAGUAGUUUGGAAACUUUACCAUAGAUUUGUAUAGCUCCUGUAAAUAACGAGUUUAUGUGGGCUUCUUAAACGACUUGGCAGAAUUUGUUGCCAACAGAAGAAAUUCGUAGGCAAAACGUAUAUCCGUUGAUUUGAUUAUAGAGCAUAAGGAAUGUGAGAAUAAAACCUGUAAGAUUUUA